AUGAGCGAUGACUUGGAAUACUUGAAAGCACUAGAAGUACAAAGAAGGAAUUUUGAGUCUCAAUUUGGAUCAGUGGAAGAAUUAGGGUAUCGUGACUUGUCUAAACAAGUUUCCGAAAGUGAUGAAGAAACCAAGGAGGAGUUUUCAGAAAGAAGCGACUCUGAGAAGAGCGAUGAGCUGGACUCGGAGUUUGAUGAUGAAUAUCAGUAUCAAGAGGAACCUGUAAAAAACAAUGGGGUGAUUCCUCAAGUAGUAAGGCUCAAUAGCGGUGCCGAUACAUCAUUGUCACCAUCAUCAUUGAGCACACAUUCUGUUAUCGCCAACAAGCGGGAGAGAAAGCUUCUCAAGUCAGGCCGAGCCCCAACAUUAUCUGAAAUUGAAGCUCAAACGGCAAAUUUGAAACAGCGAGCAGCUAAAACAGACAGUGAAGAAAUUAGCAAUCUUGAAAAUGACUUGAAAUUGCAGCGGCUUCUUAAAGAGUCACAUAUACUAGCAUCUGCUGCUAAUGAAUUUAGCGGUGCUGACCUCACUCUACAAACAUUGGACUACGAUGACCCAACUGGGAGGGCAAGAAAACGAAUUUUACAAUCACGAAUUAGUGAAUUAACGCAGUUGAAUCGUGGAAAGGACAAAAAAUUGGAAUCGAUGCCCAUGAAUAUGCGAAAAAACAUGAUUGCAAAGAGGGAUUUAAGGGUUGCACAAUAUGAGAGGAAUGCUAAAGAUGCCGGUAUUGUUUUACCAAAAACAAAGAACGGGGAAGUUAGAGAUUUGAAAGCUGGAAAGGGUGUCACCUUGACCCUGGAUAGAUUGGGUAAUGGCAUAAGAAAAAGCAAUAAAAAAAUUGACAAGAGAGAAAGAGGAUUGAAAAUUAAUGGGAUUGGGAGAUCAACAAAGAAUGGAUUGAUUAUCUCGCCAAGUGACAUUCAGCGGAUAAAUAACCUGGGAAAGAAAAGUUUCAAGAAAAAGAGGUGA